ACACACUCGUCAGUCUAAGAUUUCGGCCCUCUUUCUUUUGACCUGACGACGAUUCCUUGCACGUCCCUCCCUCCUUUCUUCCAUCAUCAUAUUAUUAUAUACGAUUUAUAGAAUAUAGAAUCGGAGAGAAAAAGAGAGAACCCAGAAAGCAAUUUGGUCCCAGAUCCCAACUUUUUGAAUAAAUCCCAAAAUUCAUAGCCAUCCAUUUCAUUCUCCAAAACCCUUCAGAGCUCUCAGAAGGGAAAGAGGAAGAGGAAAAAAAAAUGGGGUACCCGAAGGUGAAGGUCAGGCAACAAGAAGACCAGGAUGAUCAUCAACCCCUCACUGAUUUUUGCUUUCCAGAGAAGGAGCACGAAGAGUCUCCGCCCACUGUUGCGAGAAAUCCUGAAUCUUAUGUCCCGAGUGUAGUGAUGCCAUCAAUAUCUGCAACUGAAGGAGAAACGAAAGACGACAAAGUUGAAGAGGAAAUCAAACAAAAUAUUAGAGCCAGCUCAAUCCCUAGGCCGCGCGCUGUCUUAUCAAGUCCAGUAAAUGAUACAGCGAUUGGAAGCAAAAACAGGAUCAAAGCAGUGCGAACGCCACCUCUGAAGAAUCAUAGCCUGGUCAAGAACAACCACACACAAUCCGUUCCAUCCCAUAUUACUGAAAAUUCUACAAAAACAAUAAAAUCCAAGGGGGCUUCGGAAGAGAACUCUCUGAAGGGAAGGAAGGGGUCAGAGACAAAUCUUCCAAGUCAGAGGCGACCCCCUAGAACGGGAAAAGCAAGCUCUGUGGGACGUCGAGUGUCGUUUAGUUUGGAUUAGAUUGGUAAUCUUACUUGAGGGAUUUAUGUAGAUAAAGGGAGAUAUUCCUGUUUCAAUGAAACAGCAUGAAGCCUUGUGAGAAUUGGAGUUUUCGCUUUGUUUGUAAUUACAAACUGCCAUGCACAUAAUGAAAUCCAUGUAACGAGGAAAAUUUUGCAUAA